AAGAAAACUACUUUAUGAUCCUCUGCCUCCCUUUCUCCAAAGGCCUGAAACAUAUAAAUUGUUUAACUUUACAAGUUUACAAGGAAUCAACAUAGGACUAAAUUUACAAUAAGGACUCAACAUAGGAUGUUCUUGAAGAGAAAUUAAGUUGUACAUCCACAACUUAUAUAAAAUCUAAAACCUACAAACUGAUAUAGUUUAUGAAUACAUACACCUGUAGUAAAAUGAUAUAAACGCAAAUGACAUAAAUACAGCAAAUUCAUGACCGUCAUUGCCUCUCAAAAGGGGCAGAGGGGAAGGAAGGGACCUGGAGAGAACACCAAAGGGUACUUCAACUUUAUCUCUAAUGCUUUCUUUUAUUUAAAAGUAUCUGAAGCAAAUAUGACAAAAUGUUAAUAUUUGUUCAUUCUAGGUGAUAGGCACAUGGCUAUAUGUUAUAUUACUACCUUUACUUUUUCAUAUAUUUUAAAAUUAAAAAAUAAGCUACACAGCCAACAAAACUAUCCUGUCCUUUAACUGCUCCAGUCUCCUAAAUCCCUUUACCUCUUCUGUAAUCAAAGGAAAUGCCCAAAGUACUCCUCUUUCAGUUAGAAACCAGCCUCUAGCAUCCCCUUCAAUAUCUGGAGCCAACUAUAGAAAUUUCUUCAGUCAGGUUCGUUGAAAAAACGGGUAACUAGGCAGUGCAAAGAGUAUGAUCAUUCAAAUAAUAUCUUCCAAGUUACUACAUGUCUAGGAAAAGUUGAGGGACAGCUUAGGAAGUUGUAACACAAUUAUUCCAUUACAGGCUUAAAAAAUCUUAAGCAAAACUUGAAGAAGAAGAACCAGGAGUUACUUUUGAUACACUGGAGCUUGAAUUCUAACACCUAGAUUUUAAGCUCAUUUAAGCAGGGCUAUAUCUUCUAUUUCUUUUAUCGUUUCUGUUGCCUAUUCUUUUCUACCCUCCCUCCCCCCGUCACCCUUCUACCAUCACAGUAUAUAGAAUGCCUAAUUCUCUGCAUAUAGUAAGCACUCUUUAAAUGUUUAAAUCAAUGAUAAUUUCACAAUGGGUCUAUUAUGACAUCGCCAGGACUGGAACACCAUGGUUAGAAACUAUUUAGCAGCAGGGUUAAUCACAACCUCUGAGAGAAGGAAAGACCUUUCUAGCUCUCUCUUGGACACAUUUAUUAGCAUUUGCCUAUAUUCUGUGUGGAAAGAAAAAGAAGAAAUAAAAGAAAAUCACUCAACUUUUCAAAAUAUUUAUCAAAAUGCAAAAUGAGAAAGACGGCGAAUCUGAAUUAGAAAAUGAAGUUGUGGGUUCCACCAUCAUGUCCAGAAAAGCCCCAACUAAAUCAGUGGUAACUAAACUUGAAAUCCCAGUCACAGUACAGCAAGUCAUCUCUAAAAUUGAGCAAGCACAACUCCUUCGAGCCAGACAGGACAUUAAUAUGCAGCUGGGUGACAUAAUGCAAAAUGUGCAGCGGACAAUAAAUCGCUACACCUUUGAUGAGAACAUACACCCUGGAAGGAAAAUCUCCCUUACAGAACAUAAGAAACGGAGACCAUAUUUGUUGGAGAAAAUAGCUAUUUAUGCUAAUUCUGCUGAAAUUAGAGAAAAGACUCUUGUCCACAUCUUGGCCUGGUUGGAAGAAUGGAAUGCCAUUUUGUCUGAGAUGACUGUAAUUGAUAUUGAUGAACACCGCCACUGGAUAGCACGAAUGGAGAUUUUACCAGAAACGUUUAGAGCUAUUGAGAGCAAUGUCAACAUACUGAGUAGAAUUAGUGCCUAUUUGCUCGAAGAAAAGAAGAAACAAAGGAAAAAAACAACAUCUAGAGGUACUCUAUGGAAAUCUUGGAAAGAAAGAGUUAUAAAGCGACCUGCAACAGCCCAUGCUUUAAGACCAGAUCAGAUGAUUAGUGAUGAAUUUGCAACAAAUACAAAGGUUUCAGAAAUCCAAGGUAUGCUACAGGAACUUGUAGGUACUGCAAUGUUCAAUAAAUUGGAAAACAAUGCUAUUAAAUAUAUAUCAUCAACAAUAGCAAACCUUUCUAAAGCAUUGAGUACACUAAAUGAUGAAGUAAAAGUUAUUAACCUCCAAAGUGCCAACAUGUAUGUAAGUGAGACAAGUGAAAGAGAAAAAGAGCUCUCUCUGAAGAUAAUAGAAGAUCUCAGUGAAAAAAAUGAAAUGCUUCAGCAGAAACUUCAAGAUGCAGAAGAAAAAUGUGAGCAACUCAUUCGAUCCAAAGUAUCUAUAGCUUCUCCCACAUCAACCUUGAAAAUAUUAUCUGAGCUUUCUCCACAGACAUCCACGCCCAUUAGCAAAGCUGAUAAAGAAGACAGUAUGGACAAUAUUUUGACCAAAGAAUUAGAAACUAUUGUUGAUGAGGCCCAAAGAAAAGGGACCAAAGACUCGGGGAUCAAGUGGGACUCAGCUGUUUUACAUACAGCCCAAGUUGAAACGACUCCAGAUUUAACUGAAGAGCAAUCCCCUUUACCUGAAAAAAAACAGAAAACACCUUCUGAAGAUAUCACUGAAGAUAAGAUAUUACUGAAAAAAAGUGAUGUCCAUCAGAAAGAUGGAACUGACCAGUAUCAAUCACAGAAAAGAAAGCAUAAAAAAGUACCACGUGUACAUGAGAUUUCUGGAUCAAGUAUGGGUGGAAAUGAAGGUAAACAGAUAGUCUCAGAGACCAAAGUUGACUACCACUUUGAGCAAAAAAAACUGGAAAAGAAAAAUAAAGAAAUAAAAUCCUUUUCUGAAGCCAAGUCAAAAUCAUCCAUUGAAUCAAAAGGUCAACAUGUCCCUGCUGAUUUCCCUUCUACUGACACAAACAGCCAAGGUGGCAAAAGUGGAGCACGUAGUACAUGGGAACAACCAAGGAUGGUCAAAGCAGAAUAUUUACUUAAGAAAAGCCAAAUUUCUUCAGAGGAUAAAAAGGAGCCAACCACUGAAUCAACAGGCAAAGAGAGCAAAAGUGAGAGGGACAGCCAAGCGGAACCAUUCGGGUCAGUCCAACUUGAUUAUUCCUCUGAGAAAUUAAAAGCAAGAGGCAAGAAACAUCAAAGCUAUUCAGAAACUACCACAAACAAAGAAUUAACUGGAGAGGACACAUCAUUGUUUACCAAGAAGUUCAAGUCUCAUGAACGUGUUAAAUCAAAACCUAGGAUAACUAAAGAGACUUCAGAAUCUACCAGAUCUCUAGGAAGUUCAGAUGACAAAAGUCAACAGAGUAACCUAGAAGAAUUUCAGAAAGCCAUAAUGGCUUUCCUGAAAGAGAAAACUGAUAACAUAAGCAAGCCUUUGGAUAAAAAGACUGCACCAGAAAAGCAGUUACUAUUAAAAAAAGCAGAAGUUGAAAACUUAGAAAUUAUAAAGGCAAAAAUGGAUGAAUAUUUCCAAAAUGUGGCUGAAACUGUAACAAAAAUCUUGAGAAAAUACAAAGAUAUAAAAAAUGCACAACAAGUUGGAGAGAAAGCUAGGAAACAAAAAAAGGUAGUCUCAUUUAAGCCAGAAUUGCAUUUUCAGAAGCCAAUUAGUGCAAUGUCUGAAAUUAACACCUUACUCUCAAAUGAGAGCAUGGACCCAGCAAUUCGCAAUUUAAUAGAAAUGAUCUUGACUGAAAUAGAAAGUGAAAGAGAUGCUCCAGUAAUCUCAGUAGCGGAGAGAGACCACAAGGAGAAGGAAAAACAAAAGCAGAAGGAAUAUUUGAAAGAGGGUCAAGAAAAAAUUUUUGAUAUGAAUCUUAAACACCACUUACAAGAAGAAAAGAAUCUCUGGAAGAAGAGACAUGAGAUAAUAAAUAAGAACAUGGAGAAGGAAAAUGCAUGGCUCCAGAUGGAGAGAAAGCAAGAACAGAAACAAAAUCAGUGGCAGGAUGAAGAGAUAAGGAAGGAACAGCAAAAACAGAGGAUGCAAAAGCAGAUUGAGCAAAAGCGAAUGGAAGAGGAGGAAGAGCAACAAAAUCAGUGGCAGGAUGAAGAGAUAAGGAAGGAACAGCAAAAACAGAGGAUGCAAAAGCAGAUUGAGCAAAAGCGAAUGGAAGAGGAGGAAGAGCAACAAAAGCAAAAGGAGCAGCAGCUGAAAGCACAGGGCCAAAAAGUCAAAGAGCAAGAGAGGCCCUUGGAGAAGGGACAGCAGAUGGGGCAGGUUCAGAAGGAAGUGAAACAUCUGGAGCCGGAAAGCAGUCAGAAGAAAAAAAAGAAGAAGCCAAUGAGCAACGUAGAGGACCAUGAAGGGUGGCAGAAAAAAGCAAAGGAUCGGAUGAAGAUUAAGGAGGAAAAUUCUAAAGACCUAAAAAAGAUAUUCAGCCAUGCUUCAGUGACAUUGUCUCCCAGGUGGAAGAACAUAUGGAAUGAUGUAUCCCAGUUACACAAAAGGAAAGAGUUCCAAGUGAAUCUUGAGACAAAAGAGAUUCUUUCUGAUGAAAAGCACCCUAUACCAAUUACUUCUCCCACCUCCACACAGUCUUCCUUACCUGGGCCCUUUCCUAUUCUUGAACAGUCUCCCACAAAAUCCAUCACUGGGAUCACUCUCACCUCUCAGCAGGCUCAGGCACUGGGGAUCACUCUUACCCCGCAGCAGGCCCAGGCACAGGGGAUCACUCUCACUCCUGAGCAGGCUCAGACACUGGGGAUCACUCUCAUCCCUCAGCAGGCCCAGACACAGGAGAUCACUCUCACCCCUGAGCAGGCAAAAGCACAGGGGAUCACUCUCACCCCUGAGCAGGCAAAAGCACAGGGGAUCACUCUCACCCCUGAGCAGGCAAAAGCACAGGGGAUCACUCUCACCCCUGAGCAGGCAAAAGCACAGGGGAUCACUCUCACCCCUGAGCAGGCAAAAGCACAGGGGAUCACUCUCACCCCUGAGCAGGCUCAGGAACAGGGGAUCAGUCUCACCCCACAGCAGGCUCAGUCAAUGUGGAUGACUCUCACCCCUCAGCGGGCUCAGGCACAGGGGAUCACUCUCACCCCUCAGCAGGCAAAAGCACAGGGGAUCACUCUCACCCCUGAGCAGGCUCAGGCACAGGGGAUCACUCUCACCCCUCAGCAGGCAAAAGCACAGGGGAUCACUCUCACCCCUGAGCAGGCUCAGGCACAGGGGAUCACUCUCACCCCUCAGCAGGCAAAAGCACAGGGGAUCACUCUCACCCCUGAGCAGGCUCAGGCACAGGGGAUCACUCUCACCCCUCAGCAGGCAAAAGCACAGGGGAUCACUCUCACCCCUGAGCAGGCUCAGUCAAUGGGGAUCACUCUCACCCCUCAGCAGGCUCAGGCACAGGAGAUCACUCUCACCCCUCAGCAGGCUCAGACACAGGGGAUCACUCCCACUCCUGAGCAGGUUCAGACACGAGGGAUCACUCUCACUUCUCAGCAAGCACAGGCACAGGGGAUCACUCUCACCCCUGAGCAGGCUCAAGCACGAGGGAUCACUCUCACCCCACAGCAGGCUCAAGCACGAGGGAUCACUCUCACUUCUCAGCAGGCACAGGCACAGGGGAUCACUCUCAUCCCACAGCAGGCCCAGGCACAGGGGAUCACUCUCACCCCUCAGCAGGCUCAGGCACAGGGGAUCACUCUCACCCCUCAGCAGGCUCAGGCACAGGGGAUCACUCUCACCCCUGAGCAGGCUCAGUCAAUGGGGAUCACUCUCACCCCUGAGCAGGCUCAAACACGAGGGAUCACUCUCACUCCUGAGCAGGCACAGGCACAGGGGAUCACUCUCAUGCCACAGCAGGCCCAGGGACAGGGGAUCACUCUCACCCCACAGCAAGCCCAGGCACAGGGGAUCACUCUCACCCCACAGCAGGCCCAGGCACUGGGGAUCACUCUCACCCCUGAGCAGGCUCAGACACAGGGGAUCAUUCUCACCCCGCAACAGGCCCAGGCACAGGGGAUCACUCUCACCCCUGAGCAGGUUCAGACACAAGGGAUCACUCUCACCCCUCAUCAGGCUCAGUCAAUGGGGAUCACUCUCACUCCUCAGCAAGCACAGGCACAGGAAAUCACUCUCACCUCUGAGCAGGCUCAGACACUGGGGAUCACUCUCACUCCGCAGCAGGCCCAGGCACAGGGGAUCACUCUCACCCCUCAGCAGAUUCAGACACGAGGGAUCACACUCACCCCUGAGCGGGCUCAAGCACAAAGAAUCACUCUCACCCCUGAGCAGGCUCAGACACUGGGAAUCAUUCUCACCCCGCAGCAGGCUCAAGCACAGGGGAUCACUCUCACCCCUCAGCAGGCUCAGGCAUUGGGAAUUCCCAUUACUCCCCCAAAUAUGUGGGUGUCAGCUGUCACUCUUACCCCUAAACAGACCCAGGCUUUGGGGGUCCCUCUCACUUCAGAUAAAACCCAUGCCUUAGGAUCUCUCCUUACCCCUGAGCAAGUCCAACCUUCUCUUAGGCCAUUUCAAGAAUCAAAGGCUUCUCUCCCCUCUGGGCAACGCAUUACAUCAAUAACUAGGCAGUCUCUGGUAUCAUCUGCUCCUAUGGCUGAAAAGUCCUCUAUAUUUGAGGUCUCUUCUAUUCCUUUGCAGAUAUCAAGGUCUCCUCUUACUCAAGCCCUCUUUGUCCCUGAGAAAUCCCUAGGAAUGGGGAUUCCUUCUGAUUCUAGGAAGCUUCUGGCACCACAGACUUUUCCUUCCUCGAGUCAGACCCUAGUUUCUAAGACUCAAUCCACCUCUGUGCAGGUCCCAGCACCAGAGGUCCCUCCCACCACUGGGACGCUCCCAAUAUCUGGAGCUCCUCUCACUUUAGGGCAGCCCCUAAUAUCUGCAGUCACACCCACCUCCUCACGGAUUCCCAGUCUCUGGGAUCCUCUCUCUCCUAGGAAGCCCCUGGUUCCUGGGGUGCCUUCUAUCCCUGAAGAGCUCAUAGAAUCUGGACACUUAACUCUCUCUGAGCAACCCCAGGCAUUUCAGCCCCCUGCCACCUGUGAGCAAUCUCCCUACCUACAAGCCCCUUCCACCCUUGGGCAGCAUCUGGCACCAUGGACUCUUCCUGAACAAGCUUUCCCACUAUGUAUCCCUUCCACCUCUGGGCAUCCUCCAACACUAUGGGCCCCCUCAGCCCCUGGAAAACCUCAGAAAGAUUUUUCCUCUUCAGUUUCUAAGAGAAGUAAGGAAAGAUUGGCAAUUAUUUCUUCUCUGAAAUCUAAAGCAGCAUUGGUCCACCCUAGUGCUCCAGAUUUUAAGAUACCUCAAGCACCUUCCACCACUAAGAAGUUCCAAAUAUCAGAAAUCUCUGACACUUCAGAAGAAAUCCAGAUACUCUCCAAUCCUUUUGUCACAGAACAGUCCAGAACAUUUCAGUCCUAUCUCACUAAUGAUAGGACUCCAGUAUUACAAACCCCUUAUAUUGAUGAGGGGGCCCUUCCCACUCUCAUGAAGCCUAUAACAUCACUACCUUCUCCUACUACUAAGCUACCCAAAACAUCACAGAUCUCACCUUCUGAAUGGGACCAGAAAUCCCGAUUUCCCCCUAUAAACAAGCCCUGCAUACUGACUUCAGUUUCAGGUACGAAGAAACCCAAAAUGAUGGUACCCCCGUCCUCUCCCCAAGAGCUCAAAGAGCAGAGGUAUUUUGUUGAUGUGGAGGCUCAGAGGAGGAACCUGAUACUCUUAAAUCAGGCCACAAAAACUUCUGGACUCCCUUCAGAGCUACAUGCAACAGCUAAAAACCUCAUAAUUGAAACACUUCAUACAGACACAGUUCGGCUGGGAUACCUGUUCCACAAGUACAUUGCUUACAGGCUGAUCCAGCGUGCAAGAAACAACAUAAUCAAACGAUUACAAGCCAUUCAAUACAGUGGAAAAGGUUAUGAGACCCAGAACCUCUAUAUAAUGCUGAGCAGAAUUGAUGACUACCAGAAAAAGGUGAUGGGGGUCUGGACCAAGAAGCAGAAAUCUAUAGAACAGGAACGGAAUCAGUGCCUGAAGAAAAUGAUAUUCUUAUUUAGACAGCUCCGAGAGAUACAUAAAUUGAAUCUUAGUCAACCUAUCCCUUUGAUCAUCAAUAAAAACCAGAUAUCUGCCCCUACCAAGUUUGCUCAACAACCAUUCCUAGAGCUAUUAAUAGAAGAAGACAGAAAACCUGAGAAGUUCAAGAAAUUUAGACAAGAAGACCAGAUGGAAGCCAUCUGGAAUGCUGAUCAGUCCACUUCAAGCUACCCAAUAGAAGAGAAAACAUCAAUAAAUUCACUCUGGGCCAAGCUGGGUGGGUACCCAGCUAUUCCUAUGCUGCUCCAGUUAGAUGUCCAGUCCACCUUCAGAAAAUCUCUUGCAUCCAUUCAAUCACAGUAA